AUGGACACAAGUAUCGGGACAGCCCAGGAGAGGGCUGCGCUGCUACAUACUCCCGAGCUGCAGGAUUCCGACGCUCAGCACCACACCGCCGCGAUGCUGGACCUGCCGACAAAAGCGGUCGACGAAGACGUGGCCGAAGGCCUUGAAUUUGAGCACAAUUUGACGUUUCGCCAAGCAUUCGGCAUCUACUACAAGGCCAUAUUAUGGUGCCUGGUCAUCUCAACAUGCGUCAUCAUGGAGGGUUAUGACCAGAUUCUCGUCCAGAGCUUCUUCGCGUAUCCCCAGUUCCAGAUUAAGUUUGGAGAGUAUGUAGGCAGAGGGCCUACGGGAUAUCAGCUGAGCGCACCCUGGCAGGCUGCGUUAUCAAAUGCAUCCGGCGUGGGCGCAUUCUUUGGUGCUCUUCUCAAUGGGCCCCUUGUCAGUCGCUUCGGACACAAAGCUGUCCUCUUAGGGGCCUUGAUCAGCCUGUCUUCAUUUAUUUUCAUUACGUUUUUCGCGCAGACCGCUGCAGUUCUUUUAGUUGGCCAGUUUCUUGCUGGAUUCCCUUGGGGAGUCUUCGCUACCACAGCACCCGCAUAUGCCUCCGAAUGUCUUCCCGUAAUCUUACGAGUCUACUUCACGAGCUUCACCAACAUGUGUUUCAUCAUCGGCCAACUAAUUGCGGCCGGUGUGCUACGCGGCUUCCAGUCCCGCGAGGAUGAGUGGGCUUUCCGCAUCCCAUUCGCGGUCCAGUGGAUAUGGCCAACAUUCCUCAUCCCGCUUGUGGCUUUGGCACCCACGAGUCCAUGGCACGAAGUUAGACACGGACGUCUAGAUGCGGCGGAAAGAUCUCUGCGCAGACUACAGGUCGAGUCACCAUUAGCAGAUCCGAAGAAGGCAUUGGCCGCCAUUAUAUACACGAACAAACUCGAAGAAGAGCUUGAGGUCGGCACGUCAUACUGGGAUUGCCUGAAGAAGUUUGAACUUCGACGGACAGAAAUCGCAUGCAUGGCGUUUAUUGGGCAGCCUCUUGUCGGACUCAACCUUGGCUAUAACUCUACUUAUUUCUUUGAGAGAAUCGGACUUCCCACGGCAACGACAUAUUCUCUCAAUAUCGGGACCACCGGCCUUGCGCUCCUUGCCACAUUCCUGAAUUGGUUUAUCCUGAUGCCUCGUUUCGGUCGCAGAAGGAUCUACCUAACCGGCACAGGCGUCAUGAUGGGCGUGCUGUUACUGAUAGGAAUCCUUCAAAUUUGGGGUUACCAUACCGGCGUAGGGUUCACACAGGCAGCCCUCUGUCUGUUCUGGACUUUCGUCUUUCAGUUGUCUGUUGGACAGCUAGGCUGGGCACUGCCAGCUGAGGUUGGUUCAACUAGGCUGAGGCAAAAAACAGUCUGCUUGGCCCGUAACGCAUACUACAUGGUCAACGUUACAUGUUCAGUGCUCCAGUCAUACUUCAUCAACCCCACAGCGUGGGAUUUGUCCGGGUACACAGGCUUUAUUUGGGGAGGAACCUGCUUCUGUGUGCUACUUUGGGCCUUCUUCAGGCUGCCUGAAACCAAGGGACGAACAUAUGAGGAGCUAGAUGUUCUUUUCUCUCAGAAAAUCUCGGCCCGCAAGUUUGAAAAUACAAAUGUGGGGCAGCUCACUCAUAGGGAAAGGGAGCGAGAGCCUUUGGUACAAGGUGAGGUGGAAUAG